AGUACUGAAAAUCUAUAAUUUAUGUUACGUAUAUUAUAGAAUUUCAGUACUGGCAGUGAAUUUCGGGACGCAGCCCUAGUGAUAGUGAAUUUCACUCAAUACGCAAUUGUGGCAAAAUGGCUGGCGACCAAAUUGUUGACGGUUCACAAAACGGGAAUAAUGAAAAAAUAAACGAAAAUGGUGACUUAAAUCUCAAUUUGAAUUUGGAAGAUGAAUUCGUCGAAUUGGUUGACUACAUCCCAUGCCCAGAAUUUCAGUUUUCGACAUCAGCAUGUUAUAUUUGUAACGGAUACUAUGGACCAUGCUUUGAAGAACCAGUCUGUGCAACUUGUCAUGCAUUCUUAUUUCCAAAUGAUGUUUUACUACAGGUCCCAAUCUUUAGUGAGAAAACAGAUGAUGAAGAUUCAGGGAAUGAUGAGCCAACUGAUCUCUACUACAAUCAUGAAAGGAGGACUAGUCAACAACAGCAGAACUCUCCGCAGAGCAUCAACCCUAAUAUUCCAAAUCCUCAGAAUUCAUCCAAUCAGAACGCCAAUGCAUCCCGCAGAUUGUCUGCAUAUUAUCAAAAUGUAGUGUCUCAAUGCAAUUAUCACGUAUUUGAGAACAAUUCGAGCAGCAGUCUCGUCGACAAUGCUUUACCAGAGUCUGUGCAGGAUGCAUCAGCCGAUCGUGACAAUGUUGCCCUCGAUUUGCAGAGUGCGAUCUGCCAAAUGUCGGAUGCGUUCUGCCGGCCUGUAAGGAGCGUCUGCCAUCGAUAUUGUGCCAAUGGCCAAAACGACCAGAAUGCAGUACAUCAUGCACAAGAUCUGAUGGAGGAAGACCUGCAGAGCCCGGAAACUUUUGCACCAAGCGAACACAAUCAGAACAAUGAGAACGCAGACAACGCAUAUCAGUGGAAUUAUAGAGUGUACGAUGAUGUAGGCGAACCGUCACGGUCAUACAACUUGUCGGAAAGACUGGAGAUAUUAUCGAAUCAUAAGCACAUCGAGCACGAGCCCAUCAACGAGCCGGGUCUAGUGGAGAGAUUGCCGCCCGAGGUGUUACUGGCUAUCUUCUUGUACCUCGACGAUAUCAGCUUGUGGUCCGCAGCGAAUGUCUGUAGACGCUGGUGCGGCCUGGUGUCAACGCAUGUAACACAAUCACAAUGGAAACAUUACGUGAAUGGACGUUGGCCUCUAUAUAAACCCAUCGGUUAUAUCAAGGACUGGUAUAAAGUGUAUGAUUAUUUGGCCUCGUCGGCGCCGUGUCGAACUUGUCUGGCGCACAGCACUUCCUUGCACACAAAACUGAAGGACAGGGACCCGAGACUGGAAGAAAACUCUUGGCGAAAGAACAGGUUGCGUAGCGAAUUGAAGAGUCUUAGAAUCGAUCCACCCGAAGGAAUCGAAGCAGUACCACUUGAUAAAAUGUGUUGUCAUUGGCAAGCCACUAUCACGGGGCCAGUAGGCAGCCCAUACGAGGGUGGACUGUUCUAUCUCUACUUAAAAGUACCACUAAGUUAUCCUAUGUGUCCGCCUGUAGUCAGAUUUCUGACAAAAAUACUUCACCCAAAUGUAUCUAGACAUGGAGAUGUUGGGAUAGAUUCUAUACAUCAUAACUGGUCGUUAGCUCUCACAAUAUCCAAGGUUCUCAUUAGUGUACAAAGUCUGCUUACAGAUCCGUAUUGCCAAGUGUGCAUGGAACCAGAACUCGGAGAGAUGUAUAUGAAUGAUCGCGAAAAAUUUGAGGAAGUUGCCAGAGCAUGGACAUGGAGGUACGCAAUGCACGACGUUGUAACACCGCUAUAGUGUACCCAACUGUAUAAAUGGUAAUUAAUACACCGCUAUAGUGUACCCAACUGUAUAAAUGGUAAUUAAUACAUAUAAUUAGUGUGUAAUUUCUCUAGAUAGCUGCAUAUACACACAUCUACACACAUGCACACAGAUAUUACAUCAACAAACUAUUUAAUAAACUGAUGGUGACUUGUGAUAUAUUGUGCUAAAAUAUACUAUGAAUAAAUGUACAUUUAGAGAUUAUUUGUUAAUCGCAAAUAAUGCACUAAUAAAACCGAUCAUUUUGUAUCUGA